AUGGAAUAUGGUUCCAUGGAUGAUGUCAAAGAUCCGUUCGAUUGGCUCUACGAUGAAACUAUUAUUCAUACUCCAUCGACUGCCGGGCCAUGCUUAUCACAAUGGGACAACAAUUACGAGCCUGCUUACAGUGAAGCUUCCCCUUCUCAACAAGCGAAUGGAAAGCGGGAAUUCAAACAGUGGCUCGCUUCCACAGGAUACGAAGGAAGAUGGCGUUCAACCGAUAACUAUCGUUCACUUAGCCAACAUGAUAAGACCACGUUUCGAAGCCAGGUGAAAGCAAUUUUUCGUCAUGUUCUUCAUCAACUUGCAACGAAAGACGUUGACGUAGUCUGA